AUGGACGAACUCAUAAACCUAGAAUCAUGUAAUAGAUAUUUAUACGUAAAAAUACAGGCACGUCAUGAUGAUGAUGUCGACCUGACCGAUCGGGCCACUGAGUCCACGGCGGCCAAUCUUACUGAGACUGCAUACAGGAGAUAUUACAGUGCACAAGUGUACGCGCAGACACAAGUGCACUCUCUAUUUCUGUUACUCUCAAAUUUCGUUUGGGACGAUGAUUCGACACGACUGGUGAGAUCGAAUCAAAAGCAUUACGUGCUCUCCGAGGCACGAGGG